AUGAGACCUAUGCGUCAUCAUCUAUUUACAAGUGACGACAAAAAUGCUCGGUACCGAGGUCCUGGGAGUUCUGGGUCAUUUAAAAAACCAGUCCACGACAAACUGGAAAUUCUUUCAAUGUCACAAAUUCCACCAGAAUUUCAUGAAGUUGGAAUUUUAUCAGGUUAUCGCAAGCCGUCCGCGUCACUUUCAUCAGGUGUCUGGUCUGUUUUCCAAAUGCACAACGAAACCUUGAAUAUAUGGACGCAAAUCAUACCAACCAUUUAUUUUGUUAUUGAACUAUUCCUGAAUUUUUUCCACGUUGGCGAGCGUUUUCUUCUUAUAUAUCUAAUUACCGCCGUUACGUUCCUGUUCACAAGUUCUUGCGCUCACACAUUUAGUUGUUUGUCACCUAGAGCUCGACAUAUAUGUUUCUUUCUUGACUAUAUUGGGAUAUCACUGUAUUCUUAUGGCUCCACUGUUUGCUACUAUGCGUUUGCUCUGCCAGUCGAGUUCCUACGUCCUUCACCUUUCUUUAUUCUCAAUCUUAGUGAUAUAUUCUUGUUUAUCUCAGCAUUGUUUUGUAUCUGUGGUACAUACUUAUCAUGUCAGACCAGAUUUUGGAAACCUUCAGUUUUUCGUAACAUCAUUAGAAUGGGAGCAUUUGGGAUUAUCUUGUUUUACGUCGGAACUCCGAUUCUGUGGCGUUCAUAUACCUAUUUUCUAAAUAUUCAAUGCAGAUCUAGUCAUUCAGCUAAGGAAAAGGAUGCUCACUCAAUAGUAUCAUUGGAUAAGACAAAAUGUAAUGAGAAUAAAGCGAUAUGUAAAAAUGUCAAAGUAAUUGGAUGGGUUCAAUCUGUUAGAAAGCAUAAAUCUUGCGUAUUUUGUAAUAUAUCAGAUGGUUCUUCACCUUAUGAUUUGCAAGUUGUCACUUCGCCUAGUGAGAUUACUGAUAAGAUAACCGUUGGUUGCGCUUUGUCAGUUGAAGGUGACAUCUAUCAUAUUCCAAAUGUUCUAAAAACAUCUCAAUUGUCAAUUGAUAAACCUACUGUUCAAUGUUGUGGAGAAUUACGCGCUAAGAUUGUUAAUAUUUUGGAUACUGAAAAUCAAGCUGGAGAAUUACAACUUGAAAAGUCAAUUAACAAUGCUUCUCUUCCUUUUAAUCACAGUGUUCCUACGAUAAAUCAAAUGAUAAGUUCACUCGGUCGGCAUAGUCCACGACCUGAUUUAGGAGUUUUACGCUCAGUUGAAGCAUUAUCUAUGCGUCAUCGACUGCCUGAGUUUGGUGCAAUGCUUAGAAUGCGUGCCCAUAUUAAGCGAAUAGUUAGAAAAGUGAUGAGUUCAUGUGACUACUUAGAGGUUGAUACUCCGAUCCUCACUUCAACAGAUUGUGAAGGCACUGGUCAGAUGUUCCAAGUUCAAGCACCUGCGCCUAAUGAGACUAGGGAAUCCGAUAGUUCAAGUGUAUAUUUAACCGGUAGUGCUCAGAUGCAUUUGGAAUCUCUUGCUCUGGGUUUAAGUAAGGUUUAUACAUUGAAUCCAACAUUUCGAGCUGAGAAUUCAAGUACAAGACAUCAUCUUGCAGAAUUUUACAUGCUUGAAGCAGAGUCAAUUUACUUAGAUAAUAUUAAUUCAUUAUGUAGAGAAAUUGAAAUGUUAAUUAAAAAGAUAUUAAAUGACUGUUUAGAAAUUUAUCCUAUCUCAGGAGGUAAUGAACUCAAUGCAUUACAAAAUGAUUUAGUGUUGAUUCGAACAUUCCUUGGAAGUCAAUCUGAAUCUGAUAGCCAUUGCAAAAGUCUUCUAGUUGAUUCUGCUCUGGAGCUAAGAAAUAUUUUGGAAACAAUGCUGAAACAACCGUUUGUUUGCAUUUCAUAUUCUGAAGCCAUAGAGUACUUGAAUAAAGAAAUGGGUACAGCUGAUCUUACUACUUCGAAACCUCGGGAUUUGAACAAAAAGAGGAGUACAAAAUCCUAG